UGCCUCCUUACACAUUUUCUUCAUCGUAACUUUUCAUUAGGUUUUCAAAGUUUUUGGGUCUUCUUCAUACUUUGUUAUAGUUUCUCAUGGUUACUCAUCUCACUUAUUGUCUUUUCUUCAUCGUCUCCAAAAUGGACGUAAUUUACUUAACAAUGGAGGACAGAGCCCUUCACUGCGCUGUUAGAUCCCCUUAUCGGAGACGUGUCUUCCUUCUCAUUUCCCGGUAAUCCUCUCUUUAUUUUAUUUUUAUCCCUUUCAGCUUCGACUUCAACUGAACCUUCUUCUCGCCCCAAAACGACACAGCAUCCCAAAGGGGCUAAACUCCUCUUCUUCUUCUUCUGCUUCGAAAACUGUCGAUACCCAUGAUUAUCCACUUUCGAAAACUGAGAUUAACGUCGACACUUUCCAAUGUUGCCCGAAACAACCUUAACCUUAAACCCUCAGAAAACCCUAGAUUCCAGAACACGAAAAGAGCACUUCAAUCGGACGCGAAACUCCCUCGAAAAGCGAUCAUGAAAGAAGCCCAAGCUGCAUUGCUGGAGUAUCUGCAUUCCACGAGGAGCUUGCAGUUCUUGGACGCCGACAACAUGUGCAAAAACUCGCCUUUUUUCCUUCAAGACCUUCUCCGCAAAAUUCAAAAGAACCACGAUGAUGGGGACAUGAAACGAUCCAUUUCCCGCUACCUGCGUUACCACCCCAUCAACGAGUUCGAACCCUUUUUCGAAAGUGUGGGUUUGAAGCCUUCCGAAUACGCGCCCCUUCUUCCCCGAGGCAUGAUUUUCCUCAACGAUGACCAUUUACUGAUGGAUAAUUAUCACACUCUCUGUAACUAUGGUGUUCCCCGUUCCAAGAUGGGGAAGAUUUUUAAUGAUGCACCUCAAGUUUUUCGUUAUGAUAAUAGGGUUUUGCAGUCAAAGCUUGAGGCUUAUGAAAAGCUGGGUGUUGCAUCAUCUAUUUUGGUUAAAGCUAUUGCUUCUAGCCCCUUCCUUUUGGUUGGGGAUGUUAACCUUGGUUUUGUCAAGGUUGUGGAGAAGUUGAAGCAUCUUGUUGUUGCAAAGGAUGAUAGUUGGAUUGAGGGGCAUUUGUUGGAUGGGGUUUCUUUUAAUUGGGGCAUGAUGCUUGAGCUCUUGUCCUUGCUUGGCAAGGUUUAUAGGAAGGGACAGUUGGCUGACCUGAUUAGCCGGCACCCUUGUGUUGUUUUUGAGGAUUCAGGAGGUAGGACACUAUCCCUGAUUGGCUUCUUGUUCAAAUUUGGAUUGUCUCUGAACCAGAUAUCUCUCAUUUUUCUUGAGUUACCGCAGAUUCAGAUUGGCAAGUUCUUCUCCAACUUGAGGCAUUGUUUUCUGUUCCUGAGUGAAAUUGAGAUGCAGGCUGCAGAGAUUGGAAGGAUUUUCCAAUCUCACUCCUUGCUGCUUGGCUCCUCCACUCUAAAGAAAACAACUAGUUUACUUGGUAACUUGAAUGUUGGCAAGAAACGGCUCUGUAGAAUCAUACAGGAUAAUCCUCAAGAAAUGAAGAAUUGGGUUCUGGGAAAAAAACUUCAACCUUUGGAGAACUCCAACGAAGAGCAAGAAUCAAAGAUGCUGAAGACAGAGUUCUUGUUGAGCUUGGGAUAUGUAGAAAACUCGAAAAACAUGGAGGAGGCAUUUAAGCUGUUCAGAGGUAAGGGAGCUGAGCUUCAGGAGAGAUUCGAUUUUUUUGUUAAAGCUGGCUUUGAUUGUGAGGAUGUUCGUAAAAUGAUUAGAGUUGCCCCUCAGAUUCUUAAUCAGACCACAGAUAGGAUCAACAUGAAAAUUGAGUAUCUUGUAAAUGAAGGAUAUCCUAUAUCAACUUUAGUGAGCUUCCCAUCUUUUCUUUCCUACACACCUCAAAGAGUUAAGCUUAGGUUAUCAAUGUAUAAUUGGCUCCAAGACCAUGGAGCUGCAGAUCCCGGGCUUGCUUUGAGCACUCUAAUUGCAUGCUCAGAGAAAAUAUUCGUAUCACAGUAUGUAAAGCGUCAUCCAUCUGGCCCUAAAGUUUGGAAGGAUUUAAAGACAGAAAUUUAUUCUGAGGAUUAAUAUAUAAUCACUUCUGAUGUGCAUAGUAAUGGUUUAAUCUGGCAAUAUGUUUUCUGGUUCAGAUAAUUGUGUUUCUCCUACUUUUACCAACUCUCAAGCAUGAUUAAACUGCAAGUUGUAUUCUGAAACCAUCACUUCAAGUUGACUUGGAGAUUAAUAAACACAUCAUGGGUUGGCAAUUGAAGAUCAGUUAUGUUAGUGGGCAUAUCUUUGACAUGAAAUCAUCAUAGACAACUAAUGAAUAACAGUUUUCAUGAGCAAACAUCAUAGGUGAUUUCUGAUUGCAGAUAUUUCUGACAUGACUUGUAGAUGGAAGAAUGUUGGUUACAUAGAUUUUAUUGUGUAAGUCACCAUCUUCAACGUAUGUAGUUACCCACUUACCUGAGCUACAUUGCAGAUCACUUUCCAAGUGUUAGAUUUUCUAACUUAACGUGUUCCUCAUGUAUGAACGACACGGCAAAUGGAACUGCUGAGGAUGAGAAACUGUAUUCUUUUAUAAUUUAAAGUAAGAUAACCAGGUUUGUUGGGUUGAAAGCUAUCAAAUAUGUUAACAUGGCUUAUU